UCUCCCCGAAGACACUGGGAGCCGCCACCCGCCGCGCCGCUGCCUGCCCCAGCCGACCGGCGCCGAGGAGGGAGCCCAAAAAGUAUGGCUGAGGAGGCGGCGCCUAGCGAGUCCCCGGCCUCGGGCCGGCCGAGCUGGGAACUUUGUGCCGGGGCUCUCCGGGACCAGCGGGAGGCGGUGGGGCGCGGGGAAGCGACCUGCCACCGCCAUCCCCGGGCUGACCCUCGGCGCUGGGCGAGCGGGCUGCUGCUGCUGCUUUGGCUGCUGGAGGCUCCGCUGCUGUUGGGGGUCCGAGCUCAGGCGGCGGGCCAGGUACCCGGGCCGGGCCAGCAAGCCCCGCCGCCGCCCCAGCAGCAGCAGGGCGGGCAGCAGUACAACGGCGAACGGGGCAUCUCCAUCCCGGACCACGGCUACUGCCAGCCCAUAUCCAUUCCGCUGUGCACGGACAUCGCCUACAACCAGACCAUCAUGCCCAACCUGCUGGGCCACACGAACCAGGAGGACGCGGGCCUGGAGGUGCAUCAGUUCUACCCGCUGGUGAAGGUGCAGUGCUCCGCCGAGCUCAAGUUCUUCCUGUGCUCCAUGUAUGCGCCAGUGUGCACGGUGCUGGAGCAGGCGCUGCCGCCCUGCCGCUCCCUCUGCGAGCGCGCGCGCCAGGGCUGCGAGGCGCUCAUGAACAAGUUCGGCUUCCAGUGGCCCGACACGCUCAAGUGUGAGAAGUUCCCGGUGCACGGCGCUGGAGAGUUGUGCGUGGGCCAGAACACGUCCGACAAAGGUACCCCGACUCCCUCCUUGCUGCCGGAGUUCUGGACCAGCAAUCCGCAACACGGCGGCGGCGGUUACCGAGGUGGCUACCCGGGGGGCGCCGGCACGGUAGAGCGGGGCAAGUUCUCCUGCCCGCGCGCCCUCAGGGUACCCUCCUACCUCAACUAUCACUUUCUGGGGGAGAAGGACUGCGGCGCACCCUGCGAACCCACCAAGGUCUAUGGGCUCAUGUACUUCGGGCCGGAGGAGCUGCGCUUCUCGCGCACCUGGAUUGGCAUCUGGUCGGUGCUAUGCUGCGCCUCCACGCUCUUCACAGUGCUCACGUACCUAGUGGACAUGCGGCGCUUCAGCUACCCGGAACGGCCCAUCAUUUUCUUGUCCGGCUGUUACACAGCGGUGGCCGUGGCCUACAUCGCUGGCUUUCUGCUGGAGGACCGGGUGGUGUGUAACGACAAGUUUGCCGAGGACGGGGCGCGCACGGUCGCGCAGGGCACUAAGAAGGAGGGCUGCACCAUCCUCUUUAUGAUGCUUUACUUCUUCAGCAUGGCCAGCUCCAUCUGGUGGGUGAUCCUGUCCCUCACCUGGUUCCUGGCAGCCGGCAUGAAGUGGGGCCACGAAGCCAUCGAGGCCAACUCUCAAUAUUUUCACCUAGCCGCCUGGGCUGUACCAGCCAUCAAAACUAUAACCAUCCUGGCGUUGGGCCAGGUGGACGGCGAUGUACUGAGCGGAGUGUGUUUUGUGGGGCUUAACAACGUGGAUGCGCUGCGGGGCUUUGUGCUGGCGCCGCUCUUCGUAUACCUGUUCAUCGGCACAUCUUUCCUGCUGGCCGGUUUCGUGUCACUCUUCCGCAUCCGCACCAUCAUGAAGCAUGACGGCACCAAGACCGAGAAGCUGGAGAAGCUCAUGGUGCGCAUCGGAGUCUUCAGCGUGCUCUACACGGUGCCGGCCACCAUCGUCAUUGCCUGCUACUUCUAUGAGCAGGCCUUCCGGGACCAGUGGGAGCGCAGCUGGGUGGCCCAGAGCUGCAAGAGUUAUGCCAUCCCCUGCCCUCACCUCCAGGGGGGUGGAGGCGUCCCACCACACCCGCCCAUGAGCCCCGACUUUACAGUCUUCAUGAUCAAGUAUCUCAUGACGCUGAUCGUGGGCAUCACAUCUGGCUUCUGGAUCUGGUCUGGCAAGACACUGAACUCUUGGAGGAAGUUCUACACUAGGCUGACCAACAGCAAACAGGGGGAGACUACCGUCUGAGACCUGAACUAUGCCUUCUUUCCCAGGUCUUGGACAGAUUCUGCCCUUGUCUGAAAGCUGGCCCCAAGGAAUUUCUGCCAAGCCUGGCCAUGCCAGGCUUCUUCGCUAGACACUCAACUUUUUUUUUUGCAGGCUCCUACCAACAAACAACAGAGCUCCUGCAAAAACUUCCAUCCCUGGGGUAAAGGAGAGAGGGCCCAACUGCCAGAGGGGUGUGUGUGUGUGUGUGUGUGUGUGUGUGUGUGUGUGGACCCAUCUCUCCAGUCUUAGCUCUGAUGCUUGGACUGUAUGCUUUUAUGAUUGUAAAUAGCCCGUGUAAGAUUUUUGUAAGUAUAUUUGUAUUUAAAGACUACCGAACACGCGAUUUUCCUUUCUUUAUAAAUGUUUAAUUAUUUAGGGAGCUUUAAGUAUUUGAAGCUUUUCUCACUUGCCUUUUUCUGAAGACUACAGAGGAGGUACAAGGGAGCACACUUGCUGAGUACCCGGCCCUUGUGCCCACCGCAGUUGUGGGAGCGCUGGCCUGGCUCUCAAUGGCACUGAGGGCUGGGACAGGGUGCCUCUCGAGGGUCAUUUUCCAUCUCUGCUUCCUUCAACUUCUCUCUCCCCUCCUUGCUUUCAGUAGAAACUCAAGGUGCAGAACUUCACAAAGUUUCCCCAUCUGGAGGUGGGUCCCGCCCAUUCUAGUUCCGCCCCCAUUUAGAGGCACAGUGUAGAGCCUUGCCCCUGUGACUUCCCAUGCUGGUUGUUGAGAGCCACCUUCCAGUUUCAUAGAGGCCCACUGGGUGGUCACUGCCUGUUGACCCAGCCUCCCUCUUCCCUGCUGUCCCUCGCCUGGAUGUUCCCUCCUCCCACCUAAACUGGUCAGAGAGUAAGUGUGAUAACUAAUGCCUAACUUCGGAAAGUCUGACUUUUUAUGGGUGAUCUCAUUUUCCUCUUUAGUGUAAGAACCUGCUAUGGGUUUGGCCAUCAUUUUGGAAAGACGUGGCUAGUGAUUGUGGAAGAGCAGCAAGCUUUGUAUGGGUUGGAAGAAACUGAAGAGGGAGAUUAUAAAUUGUUAGUUCUAAUUGCAUUUUGAUGGUUGAGAACCUGCUCCCGCCCUUCCCU